UCACAGACAAUCCAAAAUCUUAGCUAAGAAUAAACUCUUUGAACUUGAAUUGAUAACUGAACAACGGUCACUGCUUUAUCUAAUUUGAAAUACAAUCAUUUUCUCUUAGGGAAAAAUGACAACUGAAGCAAAGAGUUCAACUGUAAAGUUGAACGAAGACGAACCAACACUGGGUCCCACCAUGUCUCCCAAGAGACCUAGACAUUACAAAGGUCAAGGAAUCAGCCAACAAGUGGAAAUGGCGACUGGAAAAACAGAGACUCAAGAGACAACCAGAGACGAAGUAACACUGGAUCCUAGCAAGGCAGAAAGCACGACUGGAGAAGCAGAGAGUUCAGCUCAAGGGACGACCAGAGAGGAACCGACACCAGGCCCUAGCAAGGUAAGCAGUCAAAAAGACAAUUGGGAGCUCGUUAGUGAGAUACGUCUGAAGCCUGCAGCGAAAGAUUGGAGUGAUUGUCAAGCCAUCGCUGCCCGUCAAGAUGAGAUUGCAGUGGUUCGCUUCCGCAACAACCAAGUUGUGAUCUGCAGCAACGAUGGCAAAAAGAAAAGUUCAAUACCAUUUCCCAAAGGUCCAAGAUACAUUGCAGUCCAGCACAUUCACAAUCGCUUGGUGGUUGCUGAGUGUUUCGAUCCCAACGUGAAGGUGUUAAACAGCGACAACACCCUGGCAUACGAGUUCGAGACGACGCCUCAGAGUGAGUUCGAGCAGCGUCAGGAAGCCGAUAAGCUCGACAAGCCGCAACAUGUGCCAGGAGGAGUAGCGGUCAAGAAGGAGGGUACCAUCUUGGUGGCUGAUCAGAAAAGGAAUGUGUACACUGAACACAGACCUACUGAUGGUAAGCUUCUACGUACCAUACCAGUAAAACGUACUCCCGUGCAUCUGGCUGUUGACAGCAAGGACCGAGUCAUAAUCAGCGGUAAAGAAGGAGUGGAUGUUACUGAUGGUAAUGGCAUUAUACUAUUCACCCUGGAACCCACCAUAUGCAGUCAGUCAGCAAGGGAAUGCGGGAGCGUUUACGGUGAUAGCUCCGGUUUGUAUGUUCCAGCGAGGCUUAAAAACUUUUUCAGUGGUCAUAUUCACCACUAUGAUCUAGAUGGAAGGUUUCUUUGUUGCCUGGCUCAGCGUCUGCCUUGCCCUACGGGAAUCACAUUCACGUCCGAUGGGCAGAUGGCAGUGGCCGCCGGCAACUCCAUCCAGCUGUAUCGGAAGGUGUGAUUCGAUAAAUUUACAUGCCAUCUAAAGAGGUCAUAUGUGAGUUUCAGAUGCGCUCAUGGAAUAAAGUAGUCCGGCUGCAUUAAGUUAGUGAUGCAAAAUACCGUGGCAAAGUAUACAGUUGAAGCUAAAUGUAGUUAAGUUUUGAGCGACAUGCAAUUUCAGUUGUAGUUUUACACGCCUGUAAUUAACAAUUUGCCAUGCAACUUAAAUGUGACUACUAUAUUGGUGAUCCUUUAAAGAAAAUAUCUAACUGUGCUGUAUAAUUACAAUACAAUACAAGUCAUUUAGAAAACAACCAAAAACUUAGUCAAUGUACAGAAACAAUGUUUGAUAGUAUAAUAUCAGUACAAUGUGCGGUUUACAUUGAUACAGCUUUGUGAAUU